GCUGCCUUUGAGCGAGUCUCUGAAGAUCAACUGCCUCCUGGUCACAUUUCUGGUUCAGAAGCUGCUUGCCCUGGUUGUGCUAAGGGGUGAUGCUCAAGACGCAUCACUUUUCAAGAAUUGGAUCAUGAACAACUUCAUCCUCCUGGAAGAACAGCUAAUCAAGAAAUCCCAGCAGAAGAGAAGAACUUCUCCCUCAAAUUUUAAAGUCCGCUUCUUUGUUUUAACCAAAGCCAGCCUGGCCUACUUUGAGGAUCGUCAUGGGAAAAAGCGCACACUGAAGGGCUCCAUUGAACUCUCCCGAAUCAAAUGUGUCGAGAUUGUGAAAAGUGACAUUAGCAUCCCAUGUCACUAUAAAUACCCAUUUCAGGUUGUGCAUGACAACUACCUCCUGUAUGUGUUUGCUCCAGACCGCGAGAGCCGGCAGCGCUGGGUGCUGGCCCUUAAAGAAGAAACAAGGAAUAAUAACAGUCUGGUGUCCAAGUAUCACCCUAAUUUCUGGAUGGAUGGGAAGUGGAGGUGCUGUUCUCAGAUGGAAAAGCUUGCAACGGGUUGUGCCCACUAUGAUCCGACCAAGAAUGCUUCAAAAAAGCCUCUUCCUCCUACUCCUGAAGACAACAGGCGAUCACUUCAGGAACCUGAAGAGACCCUGGUCAUUGCCUUGUAUGACUACCAAACCAAUGAUCCUCAGGAGCUGGCGCUGCAGCGCAAUGAGGAAUACUACCUGCUAGACAGCUCUGAGAUUCACUGGUGGAGAGUUCAAGACAGGAACGGGCAUGAAGGGUAUGUACCAAGCAGUUAUCUGGUAGAGAAAUCUCCAAAUAACCUGGAAACCUAUGAGUGGUACAAUAAAAGCAUCAGUCGAGACAAGGCUGAAAAACUUCUGCUGGAGUCUGGCAAAGAAGGAGCCUUCAUGGUCCGAGAUUCCAGGACCCCAGGAACAUACACUGUAUCUGUUUUCACCAAGGCCAUUGUAAGUGAGAACAGCCCCUGUAUAAAGCAUUAUCACAUCAAGGAAACAAACGACAACCCCAAGCGAUACUAUGUGGCUGAAAAGUAUGUGUUUGACUCCAUCCCUCUCCUCAUCAAUUAUCACCAACACAAUGGAGGAGGCCUGGUCACGCGACUCCGGUAUCCAGUUUGUUCCUGGCGGCAGAAAGCCCCGGUAACUGCAGGGCUGAGAUACGGAAAAUGGGUCAUCCAUCCCUCAGAGCUCACUUUUGUGCAGGAGAUCGGCAGUGGGCAGUUUGGCUUGGUACACCUUGGCUACUGGCUCAACAAGGACAAGGUGGCUAUCAAAACCAUUCAGGAGGGGGCUAUGUCUGAAGAGGACUUCAUAGAGGAGGCCGAAGUCAUGAUGAAACUCUCUCACCCCAAGCUGGUCCAGCUCUAUGGCGUGUGUCUGGAGCAGGCCCCCAUUUGCCUGGUGUUUGAGUUCAUGGAACACGGCUGCCUGUCAGAUUACCUGCGCAACCAGCGGGGGCUCUUUGCGGCAGAGACCCUGCUGGGCAUGUGCCUGGACGUGUGUGAGGGCAUGGCCUACCUGGAAAAAGCGUGUGUCAUCCACAGAGAUCUGGCUGCCCGAAAUUGCUUGGUGGGAGAAAACCAAGUCAUCAAGGUGUCAGACUUCGGGAUGACAAGGUUCGUCCUUGACGAUCAGUACACCAGUUCCACAGGCACCAAGUUCCCCGUGAAGUGGGCGUCCCCCGAAGUGUUCUCUUUCAGCCGCUACAGCAGCAAGUCAGACGUGUGGUCAUUCGGAGUGCUGAUGUGGGAAGUCUUCAGUGAAGGCAAGAUCCCGUACGAAAACCGAAGCAACUCGGAGGUGGUGGAAGACAUCAGUACCGGAUUUCGGUUGUAUAAGCCUCGACUUGCGUCCGCUCACAUCUACCAAAUCAUGAAUCACUGCUGGAAGGAGAGACCAGAAGACCGGCCACCCUUCUCCAGACUAUUUGGACAACUGGCUGAAAUCGCAGAGUCAGGACUUUAGUAGAGACUCACUGCCAGACCACGGACUGAACCUCCUGAGUGGAGGAAGAAUGUCCUCCUUCCACGGAGCAUUAAAAGCUGUCACACCAGCCCAGGACUUCCCAGAGGCAGGCGGCUCAGCCAUGGAGCUGAGGACCAGGCCAGCACCGCAGUGACGUCCCCGCACCCUGCUGGCCUCCUGUCACAGAGUGCACAAGCUUCGGUCUGACAGCUUUCAGGAAACAUUUCUUGCACUUCUUGGUGAUAGCGAGAGACAGAUGAAGACUCCAGGUUCUUAUUUUUAUUAGUAUUUUAAGCCUGGAUCUCAAGUUGAUGGCUCAAGGGACUUUUUAUUUGACCAGAUGUAAUAUCCCAGUAUAUAAGCAUGGCCCUUCUUCUAAGAAAACCAGUGAGUUGAUUAAGGCCAGGAAGAGUGUUCUGUAGCUGCACCUUUGUCAGCCACAGCUUCCUGCCCCUGCUGAGCUAAGUGAGCACCUUCUCACACCAAAGGCCGGAUGUGCUGAGAGGCAGCUUUCUGAGGUUUUCUGAGCCCGCUGCCGUCUCUGUCCUUCAUGCAGCAUGGUGAGUGCCAUUGGAUGCAUUGGGGUGAACCAUCAGCAUCCCUUAGUUGGACCACUGGGUAUUUGACGUCCAGACAAGAAUAGGAGAGUUUCUAAGAGUGGAAAACCAACGAGUACCAAGCAGGCCUUCAAUUCUUACCACUCCAACUCUCCCAUUUUAUACCAAGCCACUCAAGUGACAAUGCCUCCUCAUCUGUGCAGAACGAGGAGGGAAUAGCUACUUCUGAACCCUCAUCUUUAACGCCUUUGGCAGCCAGCCCCUUGUCUGCACUAUCCCACCCACGCCAACAGAGGGCAGCAUUGUGCUGGGUGGCCCUGCAGAGAAAUUGAAGGUUGCUUAGGCCUUCAGGGUUAGCAGCGUUAAGGUCAAGACUUCAAGGCUCCCAAACUUCUAGGCGAGGAAUUAGGAGUUUGUUCUUCCUCAGACUGUCUGGAUGGGAACUGAGUCAAGCACCGAUUGGGAUACUUCCAAGACGUUCGAGUACGUCUGAUGUUGACUGAGCACUUGUAUAGGCAAAGCGAAUGUACGCUGGGCUACAAGAUAUUCCUACAGGAUCUCAGUUCACCAAGUUUUGAUACCAACCCCUGGAGAUAGUAUUAUUAUCUGUUAUCCCCAUUUUCCACAUUGUGUAACUGAGUCCUUAAAAAGCCAUGUUACCUGCCCGAAAUGACGGAACUGGGAAGUACAGAGCUGGGAUUCUUGUCCAAAUCAGUCUUGCCGGAGUGCAGAUUUUUUAAUCUUAUUCAACACUGCCUCCUGCUGAGAAUGAAGAGAAUUGCAAAGGAGAUCGACAUUACAGAGGAGAAAGACCUCUCAUUGACCACCAAGACAAAUCAAUGUAUCACCAUCAGUGAGUAAUCUUGCUUGUGCACAGACCACGAAGGUGAGCAGUGCAGCCCUCCAACUUGGAACAGGACCUUCACUCUUUUCACCUUCACCUUGAUCACAGUUAAUGACUUUGGAGUCACUCAGUUAAUUAACUUUAAUCUUCCCAGCUCAACAGUCAGUUUGCAUAAAGCCAUUUAUAGAUGAGCUUUAAAGCAGCUUUAAAAAUUCUACUGCAGAAGCAUACCUUUGCCCUCUAAUUAUCAUUCUAGCUUUGAGCGUUGUCAUCUUUCACACCUCAUGGGGAGGGGUAUUCCAUAACACGAGAGACUUGGUUUUCCUCGAGUGUUCAGAUAAAGCUCUUAGAAAAAUUAUCGCUAGUGUUGCAAUCAGCUCUUUCUAAGUCCUGCAAUAUUUUGACUGGCUUGAGAUACAGAUAUAUAACUUUUAACUAUAAUUCUUGUGAGACAGAGAGCCUUAAGAUAAAAUAUCGUUCUGAAGAUGAUUUUGCUCAACUUAUCCACAAUCAUCCCCGUUUACUUUCCAGCAUUUUGUACAUUCUCUUUUGGAAACCUUAACUAGGGGUGAUUUCUGGGAUAGCCAGCCAGGAAGAAAAACAAUAGAAUUGACUGAUCUCUGUGAUUUGGUUUAGAAAAAUUCCCCUGGUAUGGUAUUAUCUUUUUUCAGCUCAGAUUCAUGCCUUUAACGGAACCCGUGUUACUUCCUCAUACCCAAUAUUUGGUGUCACAAAAUGGGCUUCUCGCCUGCUGUUUGUCCCCCUCACAUUUUGAAAAUGAUGCCCUUUCCACAGAGAAUUCCUCUAUGCAAAGUUUUAGUUGUAGUUGCGUUUUGUAUAUCUUGUAUUUUGCAUCCUUUGUGACUAUGUAUUUAUAUGUGGAUCAGAUGACUAUUUAUUAGUAUACGAUCACUGCUACCGUUCAAAAUACAAAUGAAAGUAUCCCUUAUCCUUUGUAGAAUGCAGCAAGUCAAAAAAACUGCCUUAUGGCAAAUAAAGCUGUGUAUGUUUCAACAAA